AUGGUGCCAAUCAGAACCCCCUUCGGGAAUAUGCGCAUGGUGCCAAGGUGGCACAAGGGCGACGCGGUUGACCUCGUGCUUCUUGUGACGGCCUUCUGCACAGGCGCAAACAUGUUGCCCCAGGUGGGCCUCGUCCUCCUACUGGUAGAUGUGGUAACGGACUGCAUAGACAGCUUUGCCCAAUUGUUCAUCCACUGGCUAGUCGAAGGGUCGUUCGAGAUCAACGAGUUGUUGGCAAAGAAGGUGUCACUUCUGGGGGUAAUGAUUCUGGUCACACUGUAUCAGUGGAAAAAAAGAAUGGGAAGCACGUCGACUUCUAGUUCAGCGUUGGAUGAGAUUGACGAGGAUGGCCCGCCGACCGUCGGCAACGUGGCGCUGCUUAUCGGAAGGACGCUCAUGGCGGCCCUCUUCUUCCAGUGCGCCGCGGUGGAGCUGGGCCGGCUCUACCUCUCCGACGAGGACUACGACAUCGACCCGGACGAUUGCCACAACGUCGUCUGGCCGAAGUUCACGGAGCUGGCUCUCGCCGUGCCGCUGGUGGUGGGCUGGCAGACCCGGCACGCCUCCCGCCUGCUCGCCGUCACCCUCCUGCUGGAGGCCGUGUCGGUGUGGCAGUUCUGGUGGGUGGGUCCUCUGGAACCUCGCCUCCACAGCCGCGAGCACUUCGUGGUCAACGUCGCGGUGGCCGGAGGCCUACUCCUGCUGCAUAACACCGGCGGCGGUCGCUUCACGGUGGAGGAGCUGCUCAAGAAAGCCACGUGA